AUGGCAGACAGGACCAGGCAAUGUGGGCUUGAAGUGGAGAUUUGGCCAAAGUUCGUGUCUCAAGAUUUCCGGGUCGGCGGCUUGGCAGUGACAGCUUGUCUGGCUGAAGACUUGCUCGAGUGGACGUUCAAGUCGAUCGAGAUAUUGCGGCAGCCGGGCGACGGGGUCAAGCACAUUUCCUGGUUUCCAGACAGAUCAAGCUAGGUAGGUCUGCACGUCGGAGAGGUGUCUUAACCGCCAAGGUGAGGUGAGGAGGGACGCCGCUCUCAUUGGGACAAGCAAAGGGGCAAAGAGAAGGACGUGAGAG